AAAUCUUCUUCUUUCCCUAUUCACGCAAAAAAAGGAAUUAAAGGGCAUCAAUUUGGGUUCAACUAAUGAAUGUGGGUUAUUGGCAUUACAUUAUAUCAAAUGUUGUGGCAUCAUAUUUCUAGAUAUUGUGUAUAAACAGUUGCACAGAUAUUAAGAAUAUAUUUUUUAUAUGAAAUGAUGAUGUUUUGAUAAAAAAUUAACUAUAAAACAUAUAUUUUGUUUCCUUCAAAUUAUAAUAAAAUUAUCAAUUGAAUCUUUCUACUUAAUGGAAUUUUUAAAAGACUACAUUAUUUGUUCUUUGAGAAAAUAAAUUGUAAGUACAUACAUAAUAGCAGUGAACACAUAAGUGAUAUUUUGAUUAAAACAACGAACUGAAUCAAAAUAGUACCAUUAUUGGUUAUCUUUUAAAAUGUACUAUAGAUAUCGAAUCUAUAAAUUCCAAGGCGUGUUUAUCGUUAAAUACUUAUAAAAAGAAAAUUAUAGACCUAUAGUUAAAUAUCUACGAUAACCGGGUUCGAUGUCUGGUUAAUAGAAAUCAUACGAUUACACCACUAUUUUCAAAGUAUAUAAUAUUUUCUGCAGCUCACAAUGCCAGACAUAAAGAUCACUCCUUUAGGGGCUGGUCAGGAUGUUGGCAGAAGCUGCAUACCUUCCAUGGGUGGCAAGAACAUCAUGCUAGAUUGCGGCAUGCACAUGGGCUAUAACGACGAACGACGGUUCCCCGACUUCUCCUACAUUGUUCCCGAGGGUCCAAUUACAAGUCAGAUUGAUUGUGUCAUUAUAUCACAUUUCCACCUUGAUCAUUGUGGAGCUUUGCCGUACAUGUCUGAAAUGGUUGGGUACACUGGUCCAAUAUAUAUGACCCAUCCAACAAAAGCAAUAGCACCAAUUUUACUCGAAGAUAUGAGAAAGGUAGCUGUAGAAAGAAAGGGUGAGUCUAACUUCUUUACAUCACAAAUGAUAAAAGAUUGCAUAAAGAAAGUAACAGCAGUGACGUUGCACCAGUCUGUAAUGGUUGAUAAUGAACUUGAAAUUAAGGCCUACUAUGCUGGUCAUGUGUUAGGUGCUGCUAUGUUUUGGAUUCGAGUUGGCUCACAAUCCGUUGUGUAUACUGGUGAUUACAAUAUGACUCCAGACAGACACUUAGGUGCUGCAUGGAUAGAUAAAUGCCGACCAGAUCUAUUGAUAACUGAAUCAACAUAUGCAACUACUAUAAGAGAUUCUAAACGCUGCCGUGAAAGAGAUUUUCUAAAAAAAGUACAUGAAUGUGUAGAAAAAGGCGGAAAAGUACUUAUUCCUGUCUUUGCUCUUGGAAGAGCUCAAGAGUUAUGUAUCCUAUUAGAAACAUAUUGGGAAAGAAUGAAUUUAAAGUAUCCAGUUUAUUUUGCAUUGGGUUUGACAGAAAAAGCGAAUAAUUAUUAUAAAAUGUUUAUAACAUGGACAAAUCAGAAGAUACGCAAAACAUUUGUUCAAAGAAAUAUGUUUGAUUUUAAACAUAUUAAACCCUUUGACAAGUCAUACAUAGACAAUCCUGGGGCUAUGGUUGUUUUUGCAACACCAGGAAUGUUGCAUGCAGGCUUGUCACUUAAUAUAUUUAAGAAAUGGGCACCUUAUGAACAAAACAUGGUUAUAAUGCCUGGAUUUUGUGUCCAGGGCACAGUGGGGCACAAAAUACUUAAUGGAGCCAAAAAGAUUGAAUUUGAAAACCGACAGGUGGUGGAAGUUAAAAUGGCUGUUGAAUACAUGUCUUUUUCUGCACAUGCAGAUGCCAAGGGAAUUAUGCAAUUGAUACAAUAUUGUGAACCAAAGAAUGUUUUAUUGGUGCAUGGUGAGGCUCUAAAAAUGGAGUUUUUGAAGGAUAAAAUAGAGAAAGAGUUUAAUAUAAAUUGUUAUAUGCCAGCAAAUGGUGAAACAUGUGUUAUUACAACGCCAACUAAGAUUCCUGUUGAUGUUUCCCUGAGACUACUCAAAGCCGAGGCUGUUAGAUACAAUGCUCAGCCUCCUGAUCCAAAAAGGCGUCGUAUUGUCAAUGGAAUACUCUGUGUCAAAGAUAAUAGACUUUCUUUACUUGAUAUCGAUGAAGUGUGUGAUGAAAUUGGUAUCAAUAGGCAUGUUAUUCGUUUCACAAGUACUGUGCGGUUUGAUGAUUGUGGUCCUGCAGUAAAAACAGCAGAGAAGUUGAAAAGCUUGUUAGAAGAAAAGUUAGAAGGUUGGACCAUAACCAUAUCAGAAGGGAACAUAUCUGUAGAGUCUGUGUUAAUUAAAGUAGAGGGUGAUGAUAAUACAAAAAGUAUUUAUGUUUCAUGGACAAAUCAAGAUGAAGAUUUGGGCAGUUACAUUCUGGGCUUACUUCAGUCAAUGAUCCCAGAGUCUUAGUGGAAUAUAAAAACAAAGUUUCUUUAUUUUUGUAAUAGUUAUUAAGUUUUUUUUAUUAAUAAAUUACUUAUAGUUACAA